CUGCAAGAAGCAAGGCAGAAAAGAAGUUCCCGUUGGUACGCAAGAGCAGAACAAUGACAUUACAUUGCUCAUUGCUCACUCUAUCACUACCGACCUCUCUUUUAUAACACAAAUUUCAACAAUCUACAGACCUGCUCGCUCCUUCCAGAACCUCCUCGUGAAGCUAGAGGAAUGGCUGAUAUAGCCGUUUUUUCCAUUCAAAAUCCGGAUUCUAUUUCUUACUUCAAUCAGCGAGAAGCUGCCGAGAUUGAUGAGAUUCUUAUGGGACCUGUGGGGUUUAGCAUCGAUCAGUUGAUGGAGUUGGCUGGGUUGAGCGUAGCUACAUCCAUAGCUGAGGUUUACAAACCAGGUGAGUACGGACGUGUUCUUGCAAUAUGCGGCCCAGGGAACAAUGGUGGUGAUGGUCUUGUAGCAGCUCGUCAUUUAUAUCAUUUUGGAUAUAAACCAUCUAUUUGCUACCCCAAACGUAGUGACAAGCCUCUUUAUACUGGCCUGGUUAGGCAGCUGGAGUCUCUCCCAGUUCCUUUCUUGUCUGUGGAAGAUCUGCCAUCGGACUUGUCAAAGGACUUUGACAUUUUAGUUGAUGCCAUUUUCGGGUUCUCGUUCCAUGGUUCCCCAAGGCCACCUUUUGAUGAUCUGGUUCAAAAGCUGGCUUGCUUACAUCGUAGUGAUCAAACACGGCAAAAGGUCCCUGUUAUUGUUUAUGUGGAUAUUCCAUCUGGAUGGCAUGUUGAAGAGGGGGAUGUUGGGGGAGAAGGAAUUAAACCUGAUAUGUUGGUUUCUUUAACUGCUCCUAAGUUGUGUGCAAAGAGAUUCUCUGGUCCUCACCACUUACUUGGGGGUAGAUUUGUCCCACCAUCUAUUGCUGAUAAAUAUAAGCUUUGUCUUCCACCAUAUCCUGGAACUGCUAUGUGUGUGCGAAUUGGGAAGCCUCCGCAAGUUGAUAUAUCUGCACUUAGAGAGAACUACGUUUCUCCAGCACUCCUUGAAGAGCAGGUUGAGGCUGAUCCUAUUGAUCAGUUUCGUAAAUGGUUCGAUGAUGCAGUUGCUGCUGGCUUACGGGAACCCAAUGCUAUGGCCUUGUCAACUGCCAGAAAGGAUGCAAAACCCUCAUCACGAAUGGUAUUGCUGAAAGGAGUUGAUAAGGAUGGUUUUGUCUGGUACACAAACUAUGAAAGUCGAAAGGCACAUGAAUUAACAGAAAAUCCUCGAGCAUCACUUCUUUUCUACUGGGAUGGUCUUAAUCGACAGGUACGGGUGGAAGGAUUUGUGCAGAAGGUUUCUGACAAGGAAUCUGACCAGUACUUUCAUAGCCGUCCUCCAGGAAGUCAGAUUGGAGCAAUAGUCAGCAAGCAGAGUGCUGUUGUUCCAGGGAGGGAUUUUCUGUAUCAACAACACAAAGAAUUGGUGGAGAAAUACUCUGACGGAAGUUUGAUUCCAAAGCCUAAGUGUUGGGAAGGAUAUAGACUGAAACCAGAGUAUUUCGAAUUUUGGCAAGGACAACAGUCUCGCUUGCAUGACAGGUUGCGAUACUUUCCUCAAGAUGUUGAUGGGAAGCAAGGAUGGAGAAUUGAGCGGUUGGAUCCCUGACUAUCUAUAUCUUCUUUGUUGGGAAGUACAUUUAUGCUAUCUCGCUCCUACCUAUUGCUUCUUGUUUAUUUCUUCUAAUUCAAGGUUAUGCGUAGUGAAAUGUUUGGCUAUUUGUUGCAAUGCCCCAUGCAGCAUCUCUGAGCGUAUUGCCCAAUAGAAUAUCUAUAUAUGGUAACCUAAUAAGAAGAAAUUAAGAUGCCUAGAAACUGAAAUGGACUGCUUAGGGAAAAAAAUUGUGGCAAGGUGGAGUGGUAUGUGUCAUAUAAAGUUUCAAAAAAAGGAAAAAAAAAAAAAGGAAAAAAAGGAAAGGAAUGCAUCCUUUCUGACCAUGUGAAUGUGGUAGUGGAGUAAGUUUUGUUCACAUCUUUAGUCUUUUUGCUCGAGAAGGAGGGCCUUCUGAAAGAUUGACGAUGAAAACCAGUGAUUGUAAUUCUCAUUGGCAUAACUAGAAUGUGAUUUGGUGACAUUCUUGAAAUAAUGUGAUAUGUUACGGUAGCCAGUAUAUAUUUCCUAAAAUACAGUGUUGGCCAUUUGUAAUUCCUUCUCUAAAAAAUUAUAACUCUGUUCCUUUCAUAGCACCUCAUUUAAGAACCUUUUAGUAGUAAAGCCUUUCACCCACUUUUCUUUGACUCUUGUCAUAUUCUGCAUAAAUUAAUCACUUCUAUAUUUUCUUAGCCUUGCAAGCUAGGAUUGCAAAUUGUUGGGAUUUGUCUUCAGGAUUGGCUGGAAGUCAUGUUUUCUCAGCCACCAAUCAAACAUUUUAUUAACCAUUUUCCCAGUGGAAUUAAUUUUUCAAACCCUCCUUGAUUGUGGGCUACCUUGAUUGGGGCCACAAUUCUCCAACACAAAGUUCACAGCGGGUGGUUAUUAUGAUGGUUACUUUACUAGUGGAUCUUGAAAACUUUCCUUACUAUACUUGCCCUUGAUAUUUGAUUAUGCAGGUUGGGAUUUGGGACUCAGACGUAUAAAGAGGCAUGAUAACUAUUAAUAGAUGGCCUUACUGUAAUCACGACUCAUCGGCUGCAUCCAAAUUUGUGUGUUGAUCUGCAUUCGGUAUGUUUCCGACUAGUGGUUCUUGUUACAUCUGACCAAACUGGGAUCUGCAGUUCCCUUUCAAGGAUCUUUUUGAAAGGCGAAUUUGAUGGAAUAUGACAUCGUCUACUUUCUACUGAAUGAGUGAGUGUAAUGUUUCAGACUAGUGGUUCUUGUUACCAUUCCUCCAAGAUUAAUAUAUACAAAAACACUCUGUAUGUGGAUAUGUCCACAUCCAGAAACAAAAGUAAUUAUAUGUGCUUGGAAUUUUAUCAUAGAAAGUGGUUUAUGCUCA